AGUCAGUAUCCCGGCAUGCACCGCUGUUUGAGCGGCACGGCACAUCAACGUGUUCUGACUUAGGACAUGCAGCACCUACAUUGAUUUUUUUUUCUCACAAAAAUCAUCAUCUCUGCGUCGACUUAAAGCUUAUGAAUUUAUUUUAUUCCAUCUGUGCGUGAAAAGCGGGAGCGCGUCUGUUUGAGCGAGAUGUCUUUGGUUUGUGCUAUUUCAAACGAGGUUCGGAGCACCCUGUGUCUCCCUGUUUCCAAUCAAGUGUUUGAGAGACGUCUGAUCGAGAAAUACAUCGCGGAGAAUGGAGCUGACCCCAUCAACGGACAGCCGCUGUCUGAGGAGCAGCUUAUUGAUAUCAAAGUGUCUCAUCCCAUUCGACCGAAGGCUCCCUCUGCCACUAGUAUCCCUGCGAUCCUCAAGUCUCUGCAGGAUGAGUGGGAUGCCGUGAUGCUGCACAGUUUUACUCUGAGGCAGCAGCUGCAGACCACCCGACAGGAGCUGUCUCACGCUCUCUACCAGCACGAUGCGGCCUGCAGAGUCAUUGCUCGUCUCACGAAAGAGGUCACUGCCGCCAGAGAGGCUUUGGCUACACUCAAACCCCAGGCUGGAUUGAUCGCUCCACAAGCCGCUCCUGCUUCUCAGCCUGCAGCUGUGGGUGCUGGUGAGGCCAUGGAGAUCAGUGAGCAGGUGGGAAUGACUCCAGAGAUCAUACAGAAGCUCCAAGACAAGGCCACUGUCUUAACCACCGAGAGAAAGAAGAGAGGAAAGACCGUGCCGGAGGAGCUGGUCCGAGCAGAAGAUCUCGGCAAGUAUCGCCAAGUGGCAUCGCAUGCUGGUCUUCACAGUGCCAGUAUACCAGGCAUCCUCUCUCUGGAUCUCUGCCCAACAGACACCAACAAAGUCCUCACCGGUGGUGCGGAUAAGAACGUGGUGGUGUUUGACCGUCGGGAGGAGCAGAUUGUUGCCACCCUCAAAGGGCACACCAAAAAGGUCUCGUCUGUCAUCUACCAUCCUGCUCAGUCUGUGGUGUUCUCAGCAUCUCCAGACAGCACUAUCCGCGUGUGGUCGGUCAGCGGGGGUAACUGCGUUCAGGUGAUCAGAGCCCACGAGGCCAGUGUUACUGGCCUUUCUCUCCACGCUACUGGAGACUACUUGCUGAGCUCAUCUGAGGACCAGUACUGGGCCUUCUCGGAUAUCCAGACCGGACGUGUCCUAACUAAAGUUACUGAUGAGACUGCUGGCUGUGCUCUGACCUGCGCGCAGUUCCAUCCUGACGGUCUGAUUUUUGCAGCGGGCACGGCAGAUUCUCAGAUCAAGAUCUGGGACCUGAAGGAACGAACCAAUGUAGCCAACUUCCCUGGACAUUCAGGUCCUGUGACGUCCAUUGCCUUCUCUGAGAAUGGAUACUAUCUGGCCACUGGUGCUCAGGACAGUUCACUCAAACUGUGGGAUUUGAGGAAGCUGAAGAAUUUCAAGACAAUCACUUUGGACAACAAUUAUGAGGUGAAGUCUUUGGUCUUUGACCAGAGUGGAACAUAUCUGGCUGUGGGUGGUUCAGACAUAAGGGUUUAUAUCUGCAAACAGUGGUCUGAGGUCCUCAACUUCUCUGAUCAUUCUGGUCUGGUGACUGGUGUGGCUUUCGGUGAACAUGCUCAGUUCCUGGCUUCCACUGGCAUGGACAGAAGUCUCAAAUUCUACAGCCUUUAAUAGAAAUGGAGAACCUUCAGGAGAGACGUGAAACAAGAUGUGAUCAUUUUCCCACAGCAAACAUGUCUGUCAGUGAUAACCGUGCAUGUGUAUACAUAGAUAUGCAUUCACUGUCAUAUACAACGUUGUAGUGAUGGAUUCCUCCAGACAUAUUCAAUAUAAACAGUAUAACACAUACAAACUUUGAAUUCAGUAACUUUUGUCCGCUUUUGCUUUAAGACAGAUUAGGGUUGAUUGAAGCUUCUUUUUUUUUUUUUUCCCUCCUGUCUACGUUUUUAAGCUUUGAUUGAUUGUAGACUGGCGAACUUUGUUUGUGUCCCAUUACUUUUUUAUCCUUUUGUGGACAAUAACAAAUGUGAAAUAGAUUCAAUAAAGU